AUGGUGUUACCUCGACGGCAAUCGUCACAGUCAGAUAGGAAACCGCCAGACAUCCCGAGAGUAGGGGAGGAUGGAGAAAAACUUCAACAGCAACACCCAGCCCCGCCCUCCAAACCGAAAACAUCCCUGACUCAGGGAGUAUCCACAACUAAUCCGAGCACCUCUGAACGCCCCCCUGCACACACUAGAAACGAAGUUAUUGAGUCGGAGGAAGGGAGCAGCAAUGACGACGUCAGCGAAACUAGUGCAGAUUCAGACUUCGUCGAACAAGAGGACACAGGGGUACAAGCUGCACAGGACCUGGACGAAACUAUGUUACUUCUCAGUCAAAUCAACAUCAGAAUCCCAACACAAGAGGUGGAGAAAAGGCGAGAGGAAAAACAAAACCUUACAGCGAUACUCUACUUCCUUGACAGAGGGCUAGGCAUCGAGCAGGUGACAGACUGGGUAGAAAGCGAACUAGUUCGCAACAAGGGCCUGAACGUCUCCGAAACGCUAUGCAUGGGUAACCGCAAUUUCCACAUUCGAUUUACAAAUCAAGGAGAUAGAGAUCAAGCUCUGUCGAGAACGAGACUCACUCACCUACGUCGGGAAUUUAUCAUCUUGAAGUGGACCCCGGAAGCUGAAGAUCACCAGUAUAUUCCAAACCAAUAUCCUGUCUGGGUUAGGUUCCCCGAACUGACGACCCUCCAGUCCCAAUGGUUACCGGAACUCGCCAGCUUCCUAGGACCUGUUCUACUCCCACCAGGGCGCAUGCCAAAAACAACGCAACGUAUGUGCAGGGUCUACGUGAAGUGGACACAUGGCAAGACGACUCCAACCAGUAUUGUAGCUGAGUUAGUGAAGGAAGUGGCACGAAUUCCAGUGGAUGUCACACAUCUUCCAAGCUCAUGUUUCAAAUGUCGAAAGCAUGGACACGUUGCCAAAACCUGCCCAGGAGAUCCGCUGUUUCCGCAAACAAAAGGAGGAACAAACGCAGGAGAAAGACGCGAGCAGCGGCCUCCAAGAAACGCAGCUGCACAACAGGUGAACAAGGCAGGAACGAGACCACCAGAGGCGUCAAAAUUGCAAGAACCAGCCACGGUUCAAACAGCAAACAUGCCUCCUCGAGCUCAACCAGGAAUUUAUCAACCUCCUGCAAUGAGGAAACAGGAGGCUUUGCGAAUUGCAAACCUAUCUCAACUUCAAGAUACUUCUACCGAACUUCCCCAACCAGAACGACGACCAUCAAGUGGAGGGUCCAAGAAAAUUUCCCGACUCGAAAUCGUUCCUACGGUCUUGCAAGUUUCACCUGCUGCAGUGAUGAGGGAACAGUUAACGAUGCCCGCUGAUGGCAACAUUUCUGCUCAAAGAUCCCAAGGCAUGGACCAAACAGAGGUGUUACGUAGCCCCAACCUCCUUCUAAGGUGGAAGGAUGCACCAAAGGAAGCCCUCACCUUCCAGAGUCACAAAUCUGUUGGGAAUGCAGAAGAAGGCACAGCAACGUCACUGACACCGGCGCCUAGGAGGUGGAAGCAAGCGUCCAGACGGAAAAAAUCUGUCACGACCGAGGCUACUACCGAAGCUAUAGGAGCAAAACGCAAACUAACCCCUGAAUUUGAAUACCGGAAUAAGAUUCAAAGAGGACUUGGCAGCCCGGCUGAGGUAAUUGUGUCGUCACCUCCUGAGUAUUCUCUCGUCCCCAAGCAACUAUUGCCCAUCCUAUCAUCUCCUGAAAUCGAGUCCAACACGGGUACGACUCUGGAGAUAGAGAAGGGCUGCAGCGAAGGCAAAUCGGAACAACAAGGGAGGAUGACCUCCCAGGACCUGAACGCCCUGACUGGUGCAGAAGACGAGAACGCAACCGACCAGAAAGCGGGUCCCAGACCUAAGAAACAGAGCGCCAAAGAGUUCCUCGCAGCACUGGCGCCAAAAACCCGAGGCAUGAAAACUGUCUCGACAAAAAAAAGGGAGACGAGGGCAAGAAAGGGAGCAGAAGAGGGGUUGGCUGAAAUACUCCCCCAAGUUGCGCCUCGACCCUGUAACUCGGCGGGGAGUCCAGCGCUCGCUGAACCGACUACAAUUGAUGACAAUUCUACCACCAUGCGCGGCCGGGCGGCCUUUAGUGAGCAAUGA